CUGCUCGUCGCGGGAGGUCAACCCGGACUCGGCAACCCGUCGUUUCUGACGCACGAGGACCGGUCGCCCAAGUACGCGACGCGCGGCGGCGACGGCGAGAUGAUGCGCCUCGAGCUCGAGGUCAAGAGCACGGGCGAGGUCGGCCUCGUCGGCCUUCCCAACGCCGGCAAGAGCACCCUCCUUCGCGCGCUCACCUCGUCGACGCCCCGAGUCGCCUCGUACGCCUUUACGACCCUCAACCCGCACCACGGUACCUGCAUCCUCCCGGACGCACCCGUCGAGGACCGCAGCGAGGUCCUGCGCUUCACCCUGACCGACAACCCGGGCCUGGUCGCCUCUGCGUCGCUCAACGUCGGCCUCGGGCACGCCUUCCUGCGCCACAUCGAGCGCUGCGCCGCUCUCGUGUACGUCGUCGACCUGUCGAGCGCCGACCCGCUCGAGGCCGUGCGCGCGCUCCGCACCGAGCUGGCAGAGUACGCGCGCAUCAAGGGCUUGCCGAGGGGCGAGCUCGAGGCGAGGGUCAAGGGCGUCGUCGCCAACAAGGCCGACCUGUUCGCG